AUGGCUACUAGGGCUGUGGUACCGGUUCUGGUCACGAUGAUGCUCGUGACCGGGGUCUGCAAUACAAUCCUCAAUAAGUUUCAGGAUAUGCAAUGUGUACGGAACUGCGACUCUCCAGACCCUAAAUAUCGGCAAACAUUCGAGCAGCCGGUCGUCCAGACUGUUCAGAUGUUCGUCGGAGAAAUGGGCUGUUGGCUCGUGAUAUGGGCCUCUCAUAUUUACCAAUCGUUCAUAUAUCCGCGUCUGUCGCCCAAUUCUUCGCCUCUCCUUGCAGGCGGGUAUAACCCCGUCCACCCCGAUGACAUAGGCGAUGAGGAGGACCAUACGAUUGACGGUCCUGAUGCAUCUAACCAUACUCUCAAGCGUACCGAUGCUGAGGGUCGGCCGUACCUCAGUGGACGUCGGAUCCUCCUUCUCGCUGCGCCGGCAUGCUGCGAUAUCGCGGGGACGACUCUGAUGAACGUCGGUCUGCUCUUCGUCGCGGCUAGCAUCUACCAAAUGACUCGUGGAGCAUUGGUUCUUUUUGUCGGUUUGUUCAGCGUCCUGUUUCUUCGUCGGAAGCUGUUCCUAUACCAGUGGAUUGCACUGUUCGUGGUGGUUCUUGGUGUCGCCUUGGUAGGACUUGCCGGUGCACUCUUCGGCCAGGGCCAUGGCCAUGACAUGUCACGGGACGAUACUCUUGCAAUUGCCACUCGGGCUGUGAUGGAAGCUCGGGAGAUAGCGAAGACUCCUGAAGCGCUCAAGGCUGUCAUUGGUGUGCUCUUGAUUGCAGCGGCACAGGUCUUCACGGCCUCUCAGUUCGUGCUGGAAGAGUGGAUUCUCGAGAACUACGCGAUGGAUCCUCUUCAGGUCGUUGGUUGGGAAGGCAUCUUCGGCUUCUCCAUCACUGUCAUUGCUUCCAUCAUUCUGUACCUUACUGUAGGACGGACGGAAGCCGGUCGCUACGGCUAUUUCGAUGCCAAAGAAGGCUGGCGACAAGUCUUCUCUAACAAGUACAUUGCCAUGGCCAGCAUUCUUAUUAUGAUUAGCAUUGGAGGCUUCAACUUCUUUGGCCUUUCAGUCACCCGAACUGUAUCUGCCACCUCCCGUAGCACAAUCGACACCUGCCGGACACUCUUCAUCUGGCUUGUUUCGCUCGCCCUCGGCUGGGAAACAUUCAAGUGGCUGCAAGUCCUGGGCUUUGCGCUUCUCGUCUACGGGACCUUCUUGUUCAACGACAUCAUCCGUCCCCCUCUCAAAGCAUGUCUUCCCCGUGACAGGCAGGAGAGGCAGAUUCUGCUGCCUGAGGAGCCCAUUGAGCACAUAUAG